GCACAGCACUAGUUUCGCCAGUACAAAUCUAAAAGCAUGACACGGAAACAUCCAGAUCACUGAUCUCUCAUCUUCCGAACUCGGCUAAGCAUUCCUGUGGAUGCGAGAUCCUGUGAUCAGCGUGCGACCUUACUAUUCAACCCACUAAUUGGCUGACCAGGUCAGCACGAUUGAGACAUCCUGGCCUCUCUUGACGUGUCCUCUACGACACCAAUGGAGGGAUUACUUCAAGUCAACGACGACGGAGAAAGACUUCGCAAGUUUCUUGCCGUCCAACAAAUAAUUCCUUUCAGUAGGCCGAUGAGCUUACCCGCGAACAGCGGAGAAUAGAGCUCGAGAGACCGACGAAAGAUGGCGUCGCCCCCUUCUCCCUAUCUCUUGCCUUCGCUCAUCCUCACUCGCACUUUCCUCCUCGUCUUGCUACUAACCCAGACCAUCUCCUCCGCCCAGAGCUACUCCAACAUCACGCAGGGCACCACCCUCACGGCUGGCUCAUCGACCAGCUCCUGGCUCUCUCCCUCCGGCGACUUCGCCUUCGGAUUCUACCCCACCGACGCCCAAGCCUCCCUCUUCCUCGUCGCCAUCUGGUUCGAGUCCACCUCCCCCAAAGCCGUCGUCUGGUCCGCCAACCGCGACGCUCCUGUCCGAUCAGGCUCCACCCUGCAGCUGACCAGCGACGGCCGCCUCUCCCUAAAGGACGACGGCGGAAACGAAGUGUGGAGCGCGGGCCCUGCCAACGCCUCGACCGCCGCCGUCCUCGACUCCGGCAACGUCGUCCUCACUGCUUCCGGCGGCAUCUUGUGGCAGAGCUUCGAUCUUCCUACGGACACGCUCCUGCCGGGUCAAGUCUUGGGACUGGGCUCCGACCUUCGUUCCCAGCUCACCGACUCCGACUUCUCAGAUGGCCGAUUCGAGCUCGCGGCGCAAACGAGCGGCGAACUCCAGCUCCUACCGCUGGCCAUCCCCUCUGGAAACCAAUACGAUCCAUACUGGUCCAUCGACACGACCGAUUCCGGCUUUCAGCUCGUCUACAACGAAUCCGGCAGCAUAUACUUCGCUCUCACGAAUGGUACUCUGCUCAACGUAACUAUGGCUUCUGUCUAUUCCACCGAAGACUUCUUCCAACGCACGAGGCUGGAUCCCGACGGCGUCUUCCGCCAGUACAUCUACCCCAAGAGCGGCAGGGCGACCGGAUCCUGGAGUAGGAAAUGGAAUGCGGUGGCCAAAGUGCCGGCGGACAUCUGCAAAGAUCUUCAAUCCGACGGCGCUGGUAGCGGCACCUGUGGCUUUAACAGCUACUGCAUGUCCGGCGGAGAUCAGAGCGAGGUAAACUGCUUGUGCCCACCAGGGUACUCCUUCAUCGACCCGGAGCGGAAGUACAAAGGUUGCGACCAGGACUUCCCACCCAGCUGCAAACAAUACGAUCCUGCUCAGUUCAACCUGAUCCCCUUAAUCAACGCCAACUGGCCCUUCUCGGAUUACGAGCACUACACGAACGUGAACGAAGACCAGUGCAGACAGUACUGUUUGGAGGAUUGCCUCUGCGCGGUUGCCAUCUUCUGGAACGGAAAGGAAUGCUGGAAGAAGAAGCUGCCGCUGUCGAAUGGAAAGCUGGGUAGCUAUACGAACGGGUCGACACUGAUAAAAGUGUCGAAAACUAAUUAUAAUUCCCUGUUGCCGCCAUCGGGUCCAGUUAUAUCUGUGGUGAAGAAGGAAAGGAAGACUUUGAUUCAGAUUGGAGCAGUGCUUCUGGGGUGCUCUGGGUUUUUUAAUGUGAUCUUCAUCGCGUUGAUCAUUGCAAAGAUCUUUGGUUCCCCUAGGGGGAGGAGUCCGACGUUUCAGCCGCAGACCAGCAUGUCCAAAUUUAAUAUCAGAGUCUUUAGUUACAAGGAGCUUGAAGAAGCAACCGAUGGAUUCAAAGAAGAACUGGGAAGAGGGGCCUUCGGUUCAGUUUAUAAAGGUGUGCUGUCAUCCUACAUUAGCACUAAUAUUGCGGUGAAGAAGUUAGAUCGGCUGCUUCGCGAGAACGAGAAGGAGUUCAUAAAUGAGGUGAGAUCUAUUGGGCAGACUCAUCACAAGAAUCUGGUCAGAUUGAUUGGAUACUGCAACGAAGGGACGCACAGACUUCUGGUGUACGAGUACAUGCGAAACGGGUCGUUGAUUGGCUUCUUGUUCGGCAAUAUAAAGCUGCAUUGGCAGCAGAGGGUCCAAAUCAUAUAUGGAAUCGCAAGAGGAUUGCUUUACUUGCACGACGAGUGCAGCACUCCGAUCAUCCACUGUGACAUCAAACCUCAGAAUAUACUCCUGGAUGACAAUUUUGUGGCUAGGAUUUCGGAUUUCGGGUUAGCGAAGCUGCUGAGGGCUGACCAGACUCGAACCAAUACCGGCAUAAGGGGAACAAGAGGGUAUGUAGCACCAGAGUGGUUCAAGAGCAUGGCGAUCACGAAGAAGGUGGAUGUGUACAGCUUUGGUGUGAUGAUGCUGGAGAUCAUAUGCUGCCGGAAGAACUUGGAAACAGAGAUAGGCGAAGAGGAGGAACCGGUGCUCAUUUACUGGGCUUACGAUUGUUACAAGGAUGGGAUGGCGGAUCUUUUGGUGCAGCAUGACAAAGACGCACUGGCCGAUAUGGAGGAGGUGGAGAGGUUUGUGAAAAUAGCGUUUUGGUGCAUCCAAGAGGAUCCGUCGCUCAGGCCUUCGAUGCAGAAGGUGACUCAGAUGCUGGAAGGAGCAGUUGAAGUUUCUCUGCCACCCGAUCCUUCCCCAUUCCUGACCACAAAUUAGUCACAGAGUUCCUGAGUGCUUGGACUUAGGUUUGCUCUUCUAAUUCUCCUGAAACCCAUGGCUGGUGCAAGAAUCGCUGCAAAGCGCAUAUUGUGGUAGCAAACCAAGUGUAUUAUGGAAACUUAUCAUAUAGCCAGCCUUCCUACUAUCAGUAUACAUAGAAGUCCAGUCUGCAAGGCUCUCGCCUAUGUUGAAUUUGGGAAGCACCAAUACAUUGGUCAUAGAUAGUAUCUUGUAAUUUAAACACGAAACCAGUGAAAUAGUUUGCUGCAUAAUUCUUCCUGAAUACACUAAUUUAUUAUUUUCUUUUUUCUUGUGGUUAAAAUAUCUAUCAAACAGAGUAGGUAAUCAAGGAUAAGGUCGUUGUGGAAUUUGGGGAGAGAAAAAGAAGCAAUGAAAAAGAGUUUCUGUAAGAGAGAGAGAGAGAGAGAGAGAGAGAGAGAGAGAGAGAGAACAGUUGGGAUUAAGAAAGGCAUAUCAGGUGGCGUUAAAACUUGAUUCUGAAUCUUCAGAAGUUUUUAGAUAACUAUUACCUUGUUCUUCCAUAGAGAGACUCUGCAUGCGAACAUAGAUCUACCGAACAAAUAUGAGUUUUAUAUGAUCGAUCAUAUUUCUUAUUCUUUUCUCUCUUUUUUUUUUCCUAGUUUGUGUGAUGGUUUUCCCCAUUGUAUCCAUUGCUACGACAUCUUCUACCUUAACCUUUCUAGAUCUUCACCCGCUUUAACCUUUCUCAUAAAAUCCAUGCCUACCGUUGUGGUUAAUUAAAUUUACCUAAAUUAUAAACACCCUAAUAAUGCUGGGCAUCUCUGAAGCUAUGAGCAUGCUUAUUUCACUCUUUCCUGAUGGUCUUUUUCUUUCUUCUGAAGUUGGUUGCUAGUGGUACGUCGGACGAUGAACGGAAGGCCGCGAUGAACUCUGUUAACCCAAAGUACAUCCUCCGGAACUAUCUGUGCCAAAGCGCCAUCGAUGCAGCUGAACAAGGUGACUAUGGGGAGGUUCGCAGGCUUCUGAAACUCAUGGAGCACCCAUACGAUGAUCAACCGGGAAUGGAGAAGUAUGCACGGUUGCCACCUGCAUGGGCUUACAGACCUGGUGUGUGCAUGCUAUCAUGCUCAUCUUGAGGAUGAAUUUGAUUGGGCAUAACUGCCAUAUACUCAAACCUGAUUGUAUAUACCAUUAAAAAGUUUUACUCCGAUAAUGUAUUAUGAGGAUAGCGCUAUCGAAUGCAUCACCCGUUCUGUUUAUUAGUUUACGUUUCUAUGCUUAACCAGUGGUUAAUCUGUGUUGUAAUCGAAACCUUCCAACCUUUCUCUGGGAAGUGAUGCAUUAGAUAAAAGGGUCGAUGUCAAUUUCCUGUCA